UUUGGCAAUUCGACGCUGUGCUCACCGGUCUUUAUCAUUUUACUUCAUGGCAUAAAUGGGAUACUGGCGCACUUUUCACAGACCAGGACUUAAACCUGAAACGCGAGACAUAUCGGUCUUUAUUCGAUACCAUGCUCCAUUGGACCAUACAUGCUGCCCUAACACCACAGAAUUUUAUUUUCUUUCUGAAUUGAUAGCGUGUGUCUACUGCCGGCGAUCCCACAUGACCUGCGACGAUGGUCGGCCAUGUCAGCGUUGUAUUAAGCGAAACAUUGGACAUAUGUGCCAUGAUGAACCGAAACCCUCGGUCGCUGGGUCAGCAACGGCUCAGCAAUCCACCAGCGCCAGUUCUAGCAAUGCAGGGACCCCAGCACCUACGGGCGGAACAUCUCGAUCUCCAGAAGCACGAAGGACCUCGCAGCAGGCACAAGGAGGGCAGCAAUUCAACCAGCAGCAUCAACUUACCCAGGGAUUACAGCAGCAGCAGCAGCAGCAGCAGCAGUUGCAGAACAGCAAUCUCAACAACAUGCAACUUUACGGAUUCAACAACCAACUUGCAGCGCUUCCUGUAACACCCUUGACGUUCGCCAGUGAGCACAUGGGAAACGAGUUCACUGUUAUCAGCGACUUCUUAAGGAGCUUGGGAGGUGACAACCAGAAUAUCAUCCAAGAUGCGGGGAUCCCUGUCAACACCACAGAAAAGUUCUUCUUGACGGCUGCUGACCCCAGCGAUGGAACGAAUGAGGACCGUCUAACUCAAGUGAUUAAUGCAAAGUUCGAAGCUGGAUUCUUGAAGCCAUACAACUACGUCAAUGGAUACACGCGCCUACAGAUAUACAUGGAUAGCAAUAUGUCCAAUAUCAGCCGACAGAGGAUAUUAAACGUCAUGGGGACAUUUCGACCAGCAUUUCGAACGGUUGCUCAGACUUUGACAGAUAUUGAUCUGGUGCUGGUUGAAGAGGCGUUCGAGCGGCUAUUGCUUGACUACGAUCGAGUUUUCAGUUCCAUGGGCAUCCCAGCAUGUCUCUGGAGACGUACAGGAGAGAUCUAUAAAGGAAACAAGGAAUUUGCGUCACUUGUGAACGUGCCGCUCGAGAUGCUUCGUGAAGGACGCCUGUGUAUAUAUGAAUUGAUGGCUGAAGAAUCCGCUGUCAACUAUUGGGAGAAAUACGGGAACAUCGCAUUCGAUGCGGGACAGAAGGCGGUCUUGACAUCUUGUUUACUUAAAAAUCCGGAUCCUGAGAGCCAAAAUGUCAUUUCAUGCUGCUUCUCAUUUACGAUCAGAAGAGACAAGUACAAUAUCCCGACGGUCAUCGUAGGCAACUUCUUGCCAGUGUCUCUGGGAUAGCAUGGAACGCAACGACAAAUUAAUAGCAGCUUAGUAUGCAGUGCAGCCCCUUGUCUGAAAACGUAUGCU